GUCUCUCUUCGUUUCUCCUGCCUAGUAGAAGCGUAUUAGAACUGAAAUCAAGGUGUCAGGAAUCAGAAUUCGGUUUCUAUAUGCAUUUGGGAAGCCAUGACAGGUCUACAUCGUCCUUCAAGCACUUCCAUGAAGAACGGUCUCCCUUCUCAGGAGCUCCUCGAUGAUCUUUGCAGUCGAUUUAUCUUAAAUGUUCCGAAAGAAGACCUAGAGUCAUUUGAGAGGAUUUUAUUUCUCAUCGAGCAUGCUCAUUGGUUCUAUGAGGACAAUUCAGUGGAGCAAAACCCAUCCUUGAAGUCACUUACUCUGAAAGAAUUCGCUUCUUUGAUGUUUAAUAGUUGUGCAGUUUUGAGACCUUAUAUUGUGCAUAUAGAUGAUAUAUACAAAGACUUCACUUCUUACAAGGUUCGAGUUCCGGUGACUGGAGCAAUCAUUUUGGAUGAACCUUAUGAACGGUGUUUGCUGGUGAAGGGAUGGAAAGCUGGAUCAAGCUGGAGCUUUCCCCGUGGGAAGAAAAACAAAGAUGAGGAAGACCACACUUGCGCCAUCCGAGAAGUCUUGGAGGAAACAGGUUUUGAUGUUUCAAAACUUUUGAAAAUAGACGACUAUCUAGAAGUUACCUUUGGGCAACAGAGGGUGCGGCUCUACAUAAUUGCUGGCGUGAAGGAUGAUACUGUCUUUGCUCCAAUGACCAAGAAGGAGAUCAGUGAGAUCUCAUGGCACCGGAUUGAUGAACUUCAGCCAGUUGGCAACGAAGUAAUAUCUCGUGGACCAAAUGGUUUGAAGCUUUACAUGGUUUCUCCAUUCUGGGCCAAUCUGAAAGCAUGGAUUGCCAAAUACCAGCCUUCCACAGCUCAGAAAUAUGAUGCUCCUUUCAAAGGGAUGUGCGUGUGGAAGGCUAAGAACAGUUGUACAGGGGGAACAACAGGGUGCCCAACAAAGGAGGGUCAGUACACCAGGCCUGGAUCUGAAAACCAUCUCUCUGAUUUGGGUCCUGGCAAAAGCUUCAGAAGCUUCAGGUUCAAUUAUUCUUCAAUCUUACAAGCAAUGGAAGCUGCGUUUUCUGCUUAACUAUAGAGCCUUACUCUCUAAUUUAGGCCGUGUGUAAACUGUAGUGUGUCCUAGGUUCGUAUCGCUUGGUUAGUUUUCAGCCGUGCUGCUAGUACAUACUAACACCACGGUGGGCUUAGAGGCUCCACUAGGAAACAGCACGAGCUGUGUGUAUUGUGUCCGUCUUAAAUAUGGAAGGUGUGUAGAUGUGUACAGAGAAUUGAUUGUAACAAGUCGUUGCACUUGAGUUAUGAGUACAGCAUUGGAUAUUGAACGCAUUAGCUUCCAAUUUUUCGGCUUGUUUAUGUUAGUUAUCUGUAAUCAAAAUAUGGAUCUUUCUUAUAAUAUUUUGUGGU